GCCUUGAAAUGAUUAAUCUUUGGAUUUAAUUAUAUAGAAUAAAUGUAAAAUAAAAAGUGAUUGCACCAGAACAUAGUUUUGGGGGAUAUUUUGGAAGAAACUACGUAAAUCUGAGCCAUAAUAUAUUUCCAGUGCAGCAUUUAAAUUGCAGAGUUCAACCGCAGUUGUGAUCUUAGUUUGUUAGCUGCCUGGAGUGUUAUUUUAAGAAAGCAGAAGCCCCAUCAUUUGCACACUCCUUAUAGAUCACACACCUUAACCCUGACUUCUUAGCUCCAGUUUUUCAAAAGAAGUGAAGUCAAGAUGAAGAAUUGUUUGCUUUUUUGGGGAGUCCUGGCCAUUUUUGUUAAGGCUGUUCUUGCGACAGCCCAAGAUGAAAAUGAAAGGAUUGUUCUUGUUGACAACAAAUGUAAGUGUGCCCGGAUUACUUCCAGGAUCAUCCCUUCUGCUGAAGAUCCUAGUCAAGACAUUGUGGAGAGAAACAUCAGAAUUAUUGUUCCUCUGAACAGCAGGGAGAAUAUCUCUGAUCCUACCUCACCAAUGAGAACCAAGUUUGUGUACCAUUUGUCUGACCUGUGCAAAAAAUGUGACUCUACAGAAGUGGAGCUGGAAGAUCAAGUAGUUACUGCCAGCCAGAGCAAUAUCUGUGAUAGAGACAUUGAGACCUGUUACACCUAUGACAGAAACAAGUGCUACACCAACAGGAUCAAACUUAAUUAUCGUGGUCAGACCAAAAUGGUGGAAACAGCUCUGACCCCAGAUUCCUGCUAUCCUGACUAAUUCAAGUCAUGCUGACUGCACAACUGCUUAUCUUGAAGGGCUCUCCAUUUUGAUCCCAGGUAGUUAAUAUAUUUACUCCUGAUGAAUUUGAAACCAUGAUUUUUUUGGGGGGGAUAAUAUAAAAUAAACUACCCCACCCCUACCACUGGCAAAUAAUUGAAAUAGUAACACUGUUACGUUUUUAAGGUAAAUUUCUAGCAUUUAAAAAAUAGACGAGGGGAGAAAGUAAAAUUCAAAAAGUAAAAAAUCAGGAGGCAUAAUUAAAUUUUGCUUUUUUUUUUUGGCUUUGCCCUAGAGAGCCUGAGCUUUGCACUUUCCAUACUAGUCUCUUAAAAAAAUCACUGUGCAGAGAAUAUUUAUGUGUAAAUAUGGGUCAAUUAUUUGUCUUCACUAGAAAAAUAAUUAGAAAACAUGUUUUGGAAAUAUUCAUAAAAUAAUUUAAAAUUAGAUCUCUAAUAUUUAUGAAAUUAGCUGAAAGUGACAUAAUUAAAUGUAUAAUUGAAAAAUAUAUUUUGACAUAACAUUUGGGAGCAAAUGAUAUGGAUAUUUUUUAAUAAAAAUUUUUUGAUAAGUAGAACAGUAUAAGAAAUUCCCAUUGAAAUCACCUCUGUUGUAACUAAAUCUAACAAAUUAUGUACUCCAAAAUAUGUAUUCUCUAGCACAGUUUGAACAAUUAAAUAGAUUCAUAAGCAUAUACCUGCGUGAAAUAAUUUAUUGGAAAAAAGUUUGCUUGUGUUAACUUUCCUGUAUGUAUGCUAAAAUAUAAUUUAUUACUGAGAAACAGGUUGUAAGUAUGAUCCAAUUAUGCAUUAAUCACUAAGUUCAAACAUGAUAUUUGAGAUAGCUUUGUCAUUUUAUACCUAAAAUUAAAUAAAAAGACAAAGUCCCUUCUGACAA